UCGGACUAGUGUGCGUGCAUACUUCAGCAGUACAGUGUUUCUGACAGGAGACACAAUUAGCCAACGCCGGGGCUGUUUAUGGGGACUCUGUCCAACUAGGUGUAGCAAUUAGCUGAAGUAAUUCUUUCAUCUUUGAGUGAGCAAUGUUAUGAGGUUUUAAUGCAUUCAUCUUUCUGCAUCACGCAGCGCUGUUUGCCUGCAUCCUGUUUCAAAAUGAUAGGUCAGUGUUUCUGUUCAGUGUAACCUAAUAUCCCGAGGUCAUCCAGGGUGCAUUGUAAAAUGGAUUUUCUACAGUUAAACGUAACUGUAUCAACACUACUGGAGUUUAUCAAAACCCCAAUCAAUGGCUCUGAACAAGCCAUAAAGGCAUCAGUGGAAGUUAACAACGCUACCUGUUGCAAUGCAUCGCUCAUCCCGCGUCCCCGAGCAGGGCAGAAAGAGAUGGACUCGGUGCGCAUCCUGCUCUACACGCUCAUCUUCCUCCUCAGCGUCUUCGGGAACCUGCUCAUCAUCGCCGUGCUGACACUCAACAAGCGCAUGCGCACUGUCACCAACUGCUUCCUGCUCUCGCUGGCCGUCAGUGACCUCAUGCUGGCCGUCUUCUGCAUGCCCUUCACCCUCAUCCCCAACUUGCUCCAAGACUUCAUCUUCGGCGCUGCCAUGUGCAAGAUCGUCACCUACUUCAUGGGUAUUUCCGUCAGUAUCUCUACCUUCAGCCUGGUCGCCAUAGCGAUCGAGAGGUACAGUGCCAUCUGCAACCCGCUCAAGUCGCGCUCCUGGCAGACACGUUCCCAUGCCUACAAGGUCAUCGCGGCAACCUGGGUCGUCUCUGUGAUCAUCAUGGUUCCGUAUCCGGUGUUCAGUCAGCUGGUGCCAUUCCGCAAAGCCAACAACUCCACGGGCCACAUGUGUCGACUGGACUGGCCCAGAGGGCACGUGGAGCAGACCUGGUACAUCCUGCUUCUGCUGGUGCUGUUCCUGAUCCCUGGAGUGGUGAUGAUGAUCGCCUACGGCCUCAUCUCCCGGGAGCUCUACCGGGGCAUCCAGUUCGAGCUGGAGCAGAAGAAUGAGGCCUCUGGGAUGAAAAAUGGCCUGAAUGGUGUCGUCUCUCCAAGUGGCAGUGGCAGUGGCGGCACUGGCAGUGACGAAAGCGACGGCUGCUACAUCCAGGUGCCCAAGAAGGGCGCGGCGGUGGCCGGCAACUCCAUGAAGCUGUCGCCUCUGACCGCUCCGCCCCGUGCGCCCGAGCGGCCACGCUCCAACACGUCCGAGGCCAAGCUGCUGGCCAAGAAGCGCGUCAUUCGCAUGCUGCUGGUCAUCGUGGCCAUGUUCUUCAUCUGCUGGAUGCCGCUGUACUCGGUCAACACGUGGAAGGCGUUUGACUUGCGCUCGGCCCACCGCGCCCUCUCGGGCGCCCCCAUCUCGCUCAUCCACCUGCUCUCGUACACCUCGGCCUGUGUCAACCCCAUCAUCUACUGCUUCAUGAACAAGCGCUUCCGCAAGGCGCUGCUCAGCACCUGUGCCGGGUGCCUGUGCCGCCGGGCGUUGCCGUGCCCGGGCCAUGGCGCCGGCAGGAAGGGCCGUGGGCCCGACGAUGACGUCACUGUCAUGACCACAGGCAUGUCCAAGGUCAGCUACAUGUCGGUCAGCACGGUGAUUCCACCCUAGAAGGCAUGGGCGGUGGAGGGAGUGAAAAAAUAACUGUUUGUCCCCAAUGACUCCUCAAGAGUGGUUUAUUUUAGUUUGUUUAUUUAUUCGAUUGGCUGUCACUGCAUUUUUCUAGUCAGCAUUUCUCAUGUCAGACUUCUGAUAAGAUAGUUGACUAUGGUCUUGGCUUUGUCUUUUCUUUCUUCAAUGUGUUUCAGUCUAAAUGAAUGUGUUAAAUGGUUGUUGAUGAGGGUUUUGAACUGUCCUCUUUUCUAUUUGCUUCUGCUGCUAGUUUCUCCUAUUUUGUGUGACAAAUUCAACCUGUGGAGAGUUGGCUUUUAGUCGUCUGAUUCUGCUGUUCAAUAUUCUUGUAUUAAUGUUGUGAUCUCUGUGCUAAAACUAACAGCUACAGGAUUUUUGUGGAUUCUGUGCAUUUUAAGUUUAUUUCUGCUGUAUAAAUAAUGUUUAAUCCACCAUCUAACCAGAAAAAAACAGUUCUAUAUUCACAUCAAUACAGAUUUACAAGCCCUAAAUAUAUACUUUUACCUAUUGAGCUGUAUAAUUCUUAUGGACAUCACGACUUCAUGACCAUUUUGCAUGGACAGGCUUGACCACACAGAGCAAGCUCUCCCUCUCGCUGUGCUGGACUACAGAUGGAGCUGCUGGCGGGGGCAGCACUCUGUUCCAUUCACUCUGAUCUCAUUUGUCCUGCCAGCGUGUGCAUUUCUAAUGUCUAUGUGCACGGUCCCUCUGCACAACACUGCACAGCAGUACACUGGCCUUGUGUGGAAAUUGUCUAAUGUGAAAGCAGACAGUUUUUCACUUUGGCAAUCAAGGACGAAGCAUUUAUUGAGGAACAAAAACAUUGAACCAUUGAACAUUGAACUAAAAUGGUUUCACCCUUCACCAUGACAACUGUGGAACUUGUGUUACAAUGAUAUUUUCUUACUAGAAGGCAUGGCAUUUACGUAAGCCAGACAGGUACUGUGUGCGUGCACUAUUGCUUAAAGUGAAUUAUGUCACUAAUCUGUGACAUUAUAUCACUAAUCAGUCACUACUCUGACCUUUUUUCAUUCACCAUAUACUAUAACGUAUAUCACAUCAAAAUAUUCUUGUUUUUUUAUUUUGUUUUGUGAUUUCAUCAGAUGUUCCUAUCCAGCCAACCUAUCAUUUUUAAGAGGGCUGGUUACCUGUACAUACUCCAUUUAUUCGACCUGGCAUCCAUCAGAAAACCACAGCAUGUCUAUGGAUAAAAAAGGGGCAUGGACUUAAACAGAGUAAUCUUUCAUCAAAAUAGGCUUUCUUGUUCAUUUUCACAUUGUGAUCAGUCGUCUACCUCAGCUUCACCUCUGCUGUAUACCCUCCUUCUCUCUGGUAAUAACCUGCAAAUCAAUAUGCUGCUUUGCUAUUCAAGCUCAUUUCCUUUGCCUCAGAGAAGACCAUAUAAAAGUACUGUAAUGGCUUGUGUUACAUCAAGUAUAUUACACCUGUAAAAAGGACUUCUCGGAGAUCUAGACAAAGUGAUUCUAACUCUCCAUCUCUGAAGCUGACGAUAGCAGACACACUCAAUGAGUCCACUUCACACUGGGCCCCUGUCCAAAAUUCCAGUUCCUUUAAACGAAUUUCUCUCCACCAACACAAUGUAUUAAUCUGUUGCUCUCUGUGGCGUUACAGAAUAGCGGUGAAUGAAUCAGACGUGAAACGAAGUGGCACCCACAGUCGAAGUGAGAUGACCAGGACAGAUGUGAAUUGAUAGUGUUUUGUUUUUGCUGGAGUUAUGCUUUUGGCUAUCGUGAAUGGAGCCAACAAAAGUGUAAUGUUGUGCUACACCACAAGAUGGAUGGCUAUAAUCUGUUAGCUGAACAGUCAUGCAGUUUUAAUGGUGUAUUGCUGCUGGUGGUUCCUGAGCUGUGUACACUGCUGAUGUAAGGAGAGAAAUUGUCGCCUCGAACACACAGCUGUCAGACACUAUUAGAGCCCCCACCCCCUGUUUACCUUUGCCUGCCUGAAAGUCAAUAUACCCCUAAAGCCCAUAGACUCAUGUGUUAGUGUGUGUGUGUGUGUGUGUGUGUGUGUGUGUUCCAUUAGAUAUGGUAUUUCCCAUGCCAUGCCCAUAGGGACUUUCUUCUUAUUUGUCUUCUACUCCUUUCUCCUUCAUCCUGCUAUCUCUUCUCUCAUCUGCCUGAAAACACCACUGAUAUGUCACUGCAUGCAUUAGCAAAUGCAUAUUCUCUCUCUCACACACACACACACACACACUGCUUGCACAUUCUUUAAAAAUGUUUUCUCACCUCUUGUGUCUCUAUGUGUGUAAGUAUUUGUGCUUGCAUUCGCUUGCGUGUCAGUGUGUCUUUCAAGUCACUCUUUUGAAGUGAUAACUUUGGAAGUGAAGAAAUGGAAGUUGUCAGGUUUGGAUCAAUCUUUGUUUUUGAACAAGGCGAGUUCCUGGACUCCUUUACAGUGAACCUUAAAUUGGCUCCUAUCCUAGCAAUAAUCCUGGUUGUAACUGUGCUUUUACUGUCUUGACAGCCCCCCUCAAUCAGAGUCUAGCCAGACACAAGAGGAACUGUCUGAGACACCAAAGUUUCCAGGGACACUUUUAACAAGGCUUUUAUCCGCUCCAUUCAAUCAAGCUCUGCUUUGAUCCAUGAGCCUAAUAUCAGCUGGGGUGACUUAUGUUUAAUUGAAAUUUCUUUCAUAACCACCAAAGACAAUAGGAAUAACAGACGAGCCCUUGUUCCUCUGUGUUGACUUCAAGCAACGACGGUAAACAAUAUUUUCUUGUUUAGAAGCCCCCUAAUUACCUGUUGGCCACAAAGGACCCCUCUGUCUCCCCUUUCAUUGCUUUCAAAUUGAGAAUGGCUGUUUUUAGCCCCGGUUAUGGGCUCUAGAAUGGACAGCUUGAGCUCUCUCAAGAGGGAGAUGCAACACAGGCUGCAUUAUUAGACCAACAAUAUGACUGAGAAUAACACUUUAAGGCGAGACAGUGGGCUAUAUAGAAUCUCCGGUUUAUUAACUGUCCAUGGAAUGCGCCUCUCUAAAGAAAGAAUUAUUAAAUAUUAGCAGCCUGCGAAGAAUAUGUUUUGUUGUUAACUGUGAACUAUAUUCAACUGUAUCAUAGCCAGUGUGUUAUAUAUGUUUAAAUGUAAUGUGUUGUGCCAAGAUAUAUUGCUCUCUUAAGUGGCAGUCUCUAUGUAUUAGGAAAAUAUUAUGCAGUGCUGAUUAUUAGAUACCGUGCGUCUCAAAGCAAUGUCAGUGUGUCUGUGUGUAGAUAUUAUGGAUAAUAAUUUCCAACCCUCGCCCUCCAAAGACAAAGCAAACUUGCCAUGUUAUAUAAAUAUUUGUGAAAAAUUUUUUUCCACUGUAUAAGCAUUGAUAGCUCCGACAGAAAACACUAACUAGAGAAUGUGAAAGGAAGAACUUUUUAACAUCACAGUCUCAAGGCCACCAUAGCCUUAACAGAGAGAGAGAGAGAGAGAGAGAGUAUGUGUGCAUGUGUGCAGUGUGCAUGUAGCACUGUGUGUGUGUGUGUGUGUGUGCGUAUUUGUGUAUGUGAUUUUGGAUUAUAGAUCCUGAGCUGGCCACCCUGGGGCAACGGGGUAUUGUUUGUACUUUAACUUCAGAGAUACCUGUUCAAUCACUGUAGAAAAAUGGGCCGCUUUGUCAUUUAUAUUGUUUUGUAUUAUGAGAUGAUCGAACUGAUCCUCAUUUACCGUGCCUCUUGUUCCACAAAAAAGAAAACAAAAUGAAACGCCAGAGCCCAUAUUUCUGUUAUUUAUGAUUCAGUGAUUAUAUGAAUUAAAGCUCUUUGAAAGGACACCAUUUAGGUGAGGAAUAGCUGUUAGCUUGCCAAAUCAUCUUGCCGGAACAUCUCUAUGUGGUGCUGGCUGAGUCACUGAGUCGUUAUCUGUGCACGCACCCUCUCAGUGGCCACUGUGAACCCUUUUAACAUCACUUCUGUGAUUAUUUAGGUGUGUGCUCGCGACUGCGCUAGAAAGUCUUUGUGAAAGUCAUCAGCAGUUCUUACAACGGCAAGUUCUUAUCUGCAAUCAUAAACAGCAAGCUCCUUUUACAGCUUCUUCCUCUCCCACCUUGGUUAAAAGGAGGAUUGUGUGCCUUUAUCGUGAUCUGGUACAUUUACGAUUACAGCCUGCUGACAAAUAUGGUGAUUCAUAGCUUGGUAUUAAAAGCAAUGAGACAAACAUUUACCUUUGCCUCUUGUUACGAGUAUAACAGUUGGAACAGUGUGUCAGUGAGUGGUCAACUUAAGGUUUACCUUGUGUGUACACACCAGAGGAGUGAUGGGGAUUGUAAUGUAGACAUGUGUAGGCUUCCUCGAAGAGUGUGUACAGUACAUAGUAGCGGGGUGGGGUGGGUGCAUUGUCUCUGCCAUACAUGUAAAUAUAUAUGUAUGUGAAACUGUGUCUGUGGAAGUCUGCCUGGCAGACCAACGAGGUUCACACUGAAUAAAGCUUUGUUCGUGA